AUGGCAGCACCCAAUAGCGACGGGGGACCUCGGAAGAAGGUCCGAGCCUUCUCCCCUACCGCGGCAACAAUGUCUCGAACGGACCCGAGCAGCGUUCUUCCGCCAGAGACUUUCUCAUACCUUCUCAGCUUCCUAGAACCGUCAGCACUCACACGGUGUGCUCGCGUGAGCCGCGCAUGGAACAGCAUCUGCACUGAUGAGGCCGUCUGGCGCUAUCUCGCCGUUCAAUUCGGCUACUGCCAGUCGGAACGUGCCGCUCAAGAGGCGUCGGUCGGCAUCCGAGUAGUGGGCAGUGUCUUGCAGCAGUACGACCAUUCCGCCGAGCAAGCACAGUCGCAUGACCUGUUGCAAGCCACAAUACAAAGGUACCGAUCGAGGAACACCACCGCUUACUUUGAUGACUGCGGAACCUGGCGUUCGUUAUGCUGUCUGCUAUGGCGUCUCGAAUGUAACUGGUCGGGAACGGAUCCGAUCGGUCUCCCGACGACCGGCUCGAAUCCCGACGACGACGGACACGCCGAAGCAACCUCUGGAACUGCCGAGGCGCUUCCAUAUCUGCUGCCACAUCAUCGUCUUCUACACGAAAAGACAUGCGGUGCUGGAGUCUGGAGGUGCAAGAUCGAUCCGGAGGAGCGUACUUACAUCGUCACGGGCCAAAAUGGUGGCAUCCAGGUAUUCGAUCACUCCACCAACACCCUCCUUUGGCACAUCGCACGGACGGCGACGAGACCGAGCCCGCAUCUCGAGUUCUCGCGCGGCUGGAUGAUCUUUGACCGUCCGGGCAUCGGUCACUUUGAAGUGUGGCGUCGCGAAAGUCUGGUCCCCGACCUCGGACGUGCUCCAGACCGAGGUCACUAUCAGCGUUUCACGAUCCUCAGCUCCACGCGGCCUAUUCGAGCGUACCGCUUCCAGUUCCCGUACCUGUGCGCUGCGAGCCAGGAUGGUUUCAUUCUGAUCUGGGACGUACCACGGCAGGAGCUUGUGGAGACGAUCGAUUUUCGAAACUCACCGCAUCGAGGAGGCAACAUCAACUAUAUUGACUUUGACAACCAGUUUGUCUUUCUCAACGGGCUAGGAGCAAAGUCGGUCUCGGUGUUUUCGCGUCGCACCAAGAGCUUGGUGUGGAACCUCAGCCAGCAUUUUGCAUCUGGUCAGCCGCCGCCUACGACUUGGCGUCUGAAGCAACCUGCAGCGUCAACCUCGCCACAAUCUGCCUUCGUUCGACAGCAACUGGUGAAAGCGCCUCCAAACCUUUGGCAGGCCGGCCCGAAUAGCAUGAAUUGGGCCCAGCUAACCAUGACGCCGUACCAGAUUUGGUCUGCCGUACAUCCGGACCUCAAGACCAAGACGUUGCUGAUCCUCGGCCAAGGCACGGUGUUACUGAUCAGAGACUACCAGAAAUUCUUCAACCAUCCUGACAAGCCUCCGGAGCUCUUGGUCGAGAUCGAGUUCGAGAAUCUGGAAGAAUACUAUCAGCAGCGCGUCGUGGGGGGUGUCGAGGAGGACCUGUCGGAUCUGGGAUGGAACAACCCUCGUAUGUGGGAGACACUGGGCGAUGCACAGUUGACAGUGCACGAAGGCAAAGCUGUCAUUGUCAAUGAUCGCGCGCUGAUCCUUGACCUCACUGCGGGAGCGUCAGCGACGCCAGACGACGGUCGAGGCGACGUAGCCGCUGUGCAGAGCACGAAGCAGCAUUGCGAAGACGUGCCUGGCUCUCGAAGCUCGUCAGACGAUGGAUCGACGCAGGCAGAGCAGACUCGGGACGCUGAUGCCGAUGCGGGCUCUGGUCAGAAACCCGCCCCUCCGAUCUCAGUGUUUUGCGAGGCCAAUCGGCCUGUACGUGACUCGUACCGACAAUGCAGCAGCCUUCAGAUGGACGAGGUGGGAGUGUACAUGACCGCUGACAGGGAUGCGUUCGGCGAGAUGCACUGGGGUGGCGUACUCGACACUCUGAGCGACGGAAAGCGUAUCCUUCUGCACCUGGACUUUUCUUAA